UUGUCAGAGAUGGCGGCCACCGGAGCUAAUGAGGAUGUGGACUACACCAUCAAGCCGGAGGCUGUAGCCCCCAGCAUUUCUACAUCAGACUGGCCUCUUUUGCUUAAGAAUUACGAGAAGUUGCUCGUGCGGACUGGUCAUUUCACCCCAAUUCCCGCCGGUUGCACCCCCCUCAAGCGUGACCUGAAGUCCUACAUCAGCUCGGGUGUGAUCAACCUUGAUAAGCCUUCCAACCCUUCUAGCCACGAGGUUGUGGCUUGGAUGAAGAGAAUUCUCAGAGUUGAAAAGACUGGACACAGUGGAACCCUCGACCCCAAAGUCACUGGUUGUUUGAUUGUCUGUGUUGAUCGGGCGACUCGGCUUGUCAAGUCCCAGCAAGGAGCAGGAAAGGAAUACGUGUGCGUGAUUCGUCUCCACGACAAGAUUCCGGGCGGCGAAGCCCAAUUCAAACGCGCCCUCGAGACCUUGACUGGUGCUCUCUUCCAACGCCCGCCCUUGAUUUCUGCUGUGAAGCGUCAACUGCGUAUCAGAACCAUCCAUGAGAGCAAGCUUUAUGAGUUUGACAAUGAGAGGCACCUCGGUGUUUUCUGGGUCAGCUGUGAGGCCGGAACCUACAUCCGAACCCUUUGUGUUCACCUGGGUCUUCUGCUCGGUGUCGGUGCGCACAUGCAGGAGCUGAGACGUGUUCGAAGUGGAGCCAUGGACGAGAGUGAGGGCAUGGUCACCCUCCAUGAUGUCUUGGAUGCUCAGUGGAUGUACGACAACCAGCGGGAUGAAACCUACCUGCGCAAGGUCAUCAAGCCUUUGGAGACUUUGUUGACGACGUACAAACGUAUUGUCGUCAAGGACAGCGCCGUCAAUGCGGUGUGUUAUGGUGCCAAGCUUAUGAUUCCCGGAUUACUCCGCUUCGAGGCUGGCAUUGAAGUCGGGGAAGAGGUGGUCUUGAUGACUACCAAGGGUGAAGCCAUUGCUAUUGGUAUCGCACAGAUGUCCACUGUCGAGCUCUCGACUUGCGACCAUGGUGUCGUGGCUAAGGUCAAGCGCUGCAUUAUGGAGCGUGAUCUGUACCCCCGCAGAUGGGGUCUUGGCCCUGUUGCUUUGGAGAAGAAGAAACUCAAGUCUGCCGGGAAGCUUGACAAAUACGGCCGAGCCAACGAUGCUACCCCGGCCAAGUGGAAGAAUGACUACAAGGACUACAAUGCCCCGGACUCUGACGAAACUCCUGCCCAGCCUGCGGCCAUUACCGAUUCCAAGGAAGAUGCCGACACUGCACCUCCUGCCGAAACGCCGUCCUCUCCAGCAAAGAUGGACAUUGACGAGUCAAAGGAUGAAAAGAAACGCAAGAGACAUGAAGGCGAGACACCGGAGGAGCGUGCCGAGCGUAAGAAGAAGAAGAAGGAGAAGAAGGAGAAGAGGAAGUCAAAGGGGAAGGCGGACAGCGAUGAUGACGAGUAAAGGGAUUGAUCGCAGAGAUCUUUCUCACCCCGAUCCAAGUGUGGAACGCUUUAACUCGGAAUGUUCCGCACUUGUAUGUGCUCAUUUAUCAUGGCUUCUGCGUAUGCUUCCUGUAAUAUACUAUUCCGUCUUGUUUUGUUCGUCGGAGUCUGAGGUCGAAAAGGGGAUUUGUAUUUGAUUUACAUUAGCUGGAUUUUACAUUGUUUU